AUAUAUUUUCCUCACAGUAAUGGGCCUUCUCUGAGUAACGUCUGAGUUGAAAACGAAGAACCGCCCUCUCUGUUUUUGCCGUCACGUCUUGCCGCCGGAUCUCGCCCCUAACCCUCUCUGUGUUUGUGGUAGUCCAAAACUCCAACUUCAGGCAUGUCUGGAGAGGAGGAAGAAAAUGCUGCAGAGCUUAAAAUUGGGGAUGAGUUCUUAAAAGCUAAGUGUUUAAUGAAUUGUGAAGUUUCUUUGAUUCUUGAACACAAGUAUGAGCAGCUUCAACAAAUGUCUGAGGAUCCAACCAAUCAAGUUUCUCAAGUGUUUGAAAAGUCUCUGCAAUAUGUGAAACGGUUCAGCCGCUAUAAGAACCCCGAUGCUGUUAGACAAGUCCGAGAAAUUCUAAGCAGGUAUCAGUUGGCUGAGUUUGAGCUCUGUGUUCUUGGCAACCUUUGCCCUGAAACUGUGGAGGAAGCUAUUUCCAUGGUUCCAUCUUUGAAGACUAAAGGAAGAGCACAUGACGAUGAAGCAAUCGAGAAGAUGUUGAACGAUCUUUCAUUAAUCAAAAAGUUCGAGUAGUUAGCUCUCUAAAUCUGGUUAAAUGUGUUAAUCCAUUCCUUGGCAUUUCUCACCUAAAACAAUAGAGAAUUGUACCCUUCUAAUCAGAGUCUAAUAAUAAGUUUUUAGGCAUGUACCUAAACGUUCAAUUUUAUUGCUUAUAGAUCGCUAAUACUCUGUUCGAUGACUAUGCUAUUAGACACUUCUUGAAGUUAA